CGUGGUUAGUCAGUCGAAAAGUUCCCUCCGGAAAGGGUCGCCUUGAUCGUGGUUCGAACGGUUUUUCGUGUGUGUGUGUCCGUUUGGGUGUUGUUCGGAGUGCGUUUGUUGUGCUUUUGGAUCGUUUAAUUCCUAACACGUGUUUCCGGUGCCAGUGAGGGUUGCUUUUGUGCCUGUGUGUUUGUGUGUCUUUUGUGAGGGUGGAUGUGCGUGUUGCUUUAUCUAUGCCACGGUGAUCGAGGAUAAACUGAUCGAAAUAAAAUCGGCAUGGAUAAACUCUCGACCGUACCGCCGACAACGGUCGGACCGGUGUGCGGAGUGACGGACGUUAAGUAUUCGCGUCCACUACCAAGUUCGUCCUUCAGCAUAGAAAAUCUAAUCGCUGUCAAACGACGGCGCAGUGCGGGUGGAGCCUCAUCGCCCGAGAUUGAUCCAGUCGAUCAGGGAUCGUGUUCACCGCCGGCGGGAUCCAACAUCUCGUCAGGACUUUUCCUCGAGGCGUCUCAGCAGCAGCAGCAGCAACAGCAACAGUACCUGGCAGCGGCCGCUGCAGGAUAUAGUGCGGCCAUGCUUUCUUUCAGCUCGUUUCCCCCGCUGUACCACCCUUGGAGCGCGACCGCUAUCCCUGCCGCCGGCCGGUAUCUGUCCCAGGCGGCGAAUGAAAAAUUGUCCACCCUGCUGCUGCACCACUCGAGCGGCGUAGUUGGUGGUGGAAAUAAAUCGCACCCGGGGGUGGAACCGUUCCCGACGGCCGAACCGCACCAACCGUCGGUCGGCAUGUCCUUGCCCGGUGCGGCCAGCCCGAGGGGUGCCCGAAGUGGCGAUAAAUUGUUCCCAUCCGAGGCGGACCUACUGUCGAAGGUGUACGCCGUCUAUCAGCAUCAGUCACGCUACCUCACGGCCACGGGUUCUCCCGGCUAUACGGGGCCACCGGAACCGAAUGGUCCUCACCAUCAGCAACAGCAACUUCAACAGCAGCCGGCUGGUACAACGAUGGAACAGCCGGUAGUGGUGGGUGGGGAGCAGGGAGCGAGAGACCCGGAGGAGGAUGAGCGGACGCGCCCGAUGGAGGACGGUGGCGAGAGUGCGGAUGGGUCGGCAUACAGCGAUGACAUUAGUCUGACACUUUCACCGUCCGGAUGCGGCAAAACGACCGAUCUCGGUGACACCGACUCGGACGCUUGCUCGGAGGAUGAUUGCACACAAAAUUCUUCCUCGUCGGGCCGGGCCGGUAAAGCGGGUAAUGGGACCGAAACAUCGAAAUCACGACGACGCCGUACCGCCUUUACGUCCGAACAGUUGCUAGAGCUGGAGCGAGAAUUUCACGCCAAAAAGUACCUCAGCCUUACGGAGCGUAGCCAAAUCGCUACCAGCUUGAAGCUGAGUGAGGUGCAGGUAAAAAUUUGGUUCCAAAACCGACGUGCCAAAUGGAAACGGGUAAAGGCCGGGCUCAAUUCGCACGGUCUCGGCAGUCGCAAUGCGGGCAGUUCCGGUACCGGUACGACCGGUGCCGCAAGCAAGAUCGUCGUCCCGAUCCCGGUACACGUGAACCGGUUCGCCAUACGUUCGCAGCAUCAGCAGAUGGAGAAAAUGAACCUGGUUGGACCGAAGGCGGAACUGCGCAAGGCGGAUCUUGGGCUGACGGAAUCGGGUGGCUUCGAGCGGUUUGGAUUGAGCAAACACCUGCCGAAGGUUGGAACACCGCUGGAGGCGGCCAUCGGUAGGAUAGAGGCUGCCGAGGGCGCCUCGAAGGGCUCGAUCGAUAGUGAUGCAGGAGUAGGAGGUGGUGGAGGGGGAGGAGGAGGAGGAGGAUUUCAGUUAGGGUUGGGGAUGUGUUCCCUGUCCGCACCACCACACAGUGCCUCCCAUCCGGUCGCUCUAGUCGUUAAUCCGAAAACGUUCUAAAUCGUGCCCUUCUUAGCCGGUUAGUUAGUGGACUGCGAUCAGGCAGGAGUGUAAUUAAUUUAACCGAUUUCUUAAAUAAGGUUUCUGUGAUGCUGAAGCUAGGCGGUAGAAGGCGAAAGAGGAAGUUUACAAAUAAAUCAGUGAUGUGAUUAAUUCCAGCAAUUCAAAAUGGGAAAUGCUGCUGGUUGGAAGGAAAUUGGAAACAACUGCACUGCAUGGAACAAUUUAGCUUCAAAUCAAGAUUAAUUGCUGGCGAGGAACAACUGUGGUUGCCAGAGUCAAUUAAAACUCGUCACAACAAAUGUCACUUCCGGUGUUUUGUGACGGAGUUAAUUUUCUGCCGUAAUAUUAAAUUAAAUAUGCAUUACUUGACCCAACCUGUGAAAGGUUUAAUUUGUCUCGUAUACGUUUCCCACUAAGUCAUCAUGUUUGGCAGGAAGGAACUGGCGAUUAAAUUAUUUAAAAUAUAUUUCAAUACAACUCGAUCAGUCGAUCAGUCUCUUUAAGAUAAAGGAGUGACAUUUAAACAUCAGAUUUUAUAUUUUUCACUAAGUUUCCGUAGAAAUCACUCUUAAAUAACAGUUUUAUUUCUAUGUAAAAUUGACUGGUUUCACUGCAAUGAUUUUAAUUUCGCUUAUUAUCCGGUAAAUGGCAGGUACGACUGGAACUUCAUUUAACUGACAACAGUUUUACAAGAAGUGAAGCUAUCUCUCUCUCUCUCUUUCUCUUAACCACAAGCAAUACAUCAAUGGUUGCUUAUAUCCAUUGCCUAUAAAGCUGUACAUAUUUGAUAAGGAAUGAGGAAUUAAAAUAACUAGAAUCCACAUAAGAAAACCGGAUAAGUAAUGUUAAAUGCGUGUAGUAAGAUGUUAAGUAAUGUAUGAGAAUAAUAAAACAAACAAAAAGCACACCGAAUGAUCAGAAA